UUAGGUCUCCACCGGCCAGGCCGGCGAUCUAUUCCAUUCAACCUCGCCGCGCCGCGCAGUCAGUGGUAAAGAACGGCGAACCCCGUCUCCGCGAUGCAGAUCCUCCGGCGGAAAUUUCUCGAAGCUUCCGGCGGCCUCUCCCUGCACCUCCUCCGCUCUCCACCUCCCGCUCGCCACCUCCACCGCCACGCCCAUGCCGUCUCCACCUUCUCCGCCGCCCGGGGGGCCGCGCCCGCCGGCUCCAUCAGCGCCACCCCGUGGGCCGCCACCCAGCGCCGCGGCGCGAAAAUGCUCGGCUCCGACGUGAAACUUGGAAAUGUAAUACAGAGAAAAGGUCACAUUUAUCAGGUGAUAAAAGCACAACAUUCACAUCAAGGAAGAGGAGGAGCCACAAUACAGGUUGAACUGAGGGAUGUUGACACUGGAAACAAAAUAGUAGAAAGAUUUCGUACUGAUGAGGCUCUCGAGAGAGUUUUUGUUGAGGAGAAGUCUUUCACAUAUCUGUAUCAGGAAGGAGACAACGUGGCACUUAUGGAGCCUAACACAUUUGAGCAAAUAGAGGUUUCGAAGGAUCUGUUUGGCAAAGCCGCUGCAUAUCUGAAAGAUGAGAUGAGGGUGACUCUACAAUACUAUGAUGGCCGGGCAGUGUCUGGUUCAGUGCCUCCCCGUGUGACUUGCACCGUCGUUGAAGCACAGCCUAAUACUAAAGGGCUAACUGCUCAACCUCAAUAUAAAAGGGUCUUGCUGGAUAAUGGUCUUACUGUGCUUGCACCUCCUUUCAUCGAAGCAGGUGAGAGCAUUGUUAUUACUACCGUGGAUGAUUCAUAUGUGACGAGGGCCUAGUGACAGUAUCAUGUAGAUGACGCUUUGUGCCCUGCAAAUUGGGAUUCGACUUGCACUAUCUUAGAUAAGUUUUCUUUGCCAUUGCCCAUUGGCAUUCUGAAUCUGCCCCGGGCGAAAAGGGCACCCGCUUUAUACCAAGAAUGCAGUGUUCAGCAACACAUUUUGUUUUCACAGGUAAUUUUAGCUGGCUUCUCGUUUUUAGUGUUAUCAUAACACAAUUUCACUGUGGUAAGUCAUGAAAAAAUCGAUAUAGAACCUAUAUUGUGCUACGCAGGCACAGAGUGAAAUGUAUUUGCCUUUGUACGCCUCACUGUCUUGUGAAAAUAUACUGGGAUUUGCCCAAUCAUUUCCAUGCAGAUAUGCAGAUGAAAAUCAAUUACUUAUAUUAUUGUUCC